AUGAUUCGACAGAUGGCUCACUUGUGUAACCUAUUCGUCUCGGAUGAUGUGAGAUCUGAUUGCUUCGAAGACUUCAGAGUUGCUCGAGGUGAGGGUCAUCUGGUUGCACCCCUACAAGGAACAGGGGGGCCCCCUUGCAAAUUGGGAAUGAAGAAGUGCUUAUGUACCCUGAUAGUGCGGACAUCAUCUUGUUCACGUCGGAAACCGAGUCCUGAUCGUGUAUCCUUUGCACUGUCAUGUUGA